UUGCCUGGUAACCGCCGAAUACCCUGCCGCCCGGCGCUGCUUGGGUCAGGGCGUCUCGGCGCCGCCUGCCCCUCUAGAUGCCAUGGGGGCGAUGCUUCGCCCCGAGGUGCGGUUCGGCAGGCGCAAGGGGCAGAUCCGAGAGGCUACGCCAAAUGAUGGAGAUGAUGUGAUGGAGGGAAUAUUUCUUCCAGUGGGAGUAGAUCUUCGCCAGAUAACCAUUUUGCCUAAAGCAGAAUGGCAAAGAAUUCAAGACAGCCUCACUGCUCGUGCAAGGGAAACAGCACGGAUUCACGCUGAAAGGAAAGCACGGAAAGAUAUGCACUUAAAGUCUCAAGCGCUUGUGAAUAAUUGGACCAACACUAUUGCAGGUAUGUCACAUCAAAAACUGAAAGGCAAAAAAGUGCGGCAACAGAGAGAGGAAGAAGAAAGAAGAAAGGUUGACCUCGAAGAAGCAAAGUACCAAGCACAGAAGCGAAAAGAGAAAAUAGAAGAGGCCAAACUGCAGCAGUAUUAUGCAAAUGAGAGAGUGAAAAGUUUUCAUAAAGCCUUAUUACUUACUGAAGUUUUAAAGGAAAGAGAUGCUCAGAUUGAAUUUAAGAAGCGAUACAAGAAUCUGUACAGCAGGAAGGAUGAGGCAAUAGAACGUGAACGUCUAAAAGUUGUACAGUUAGAAGAAGAAAAAGCUAAAACGGAGCGGAUGAAGAGGGUGCAGGUUGCUAACAAUCAACUGGAACAGAUAAAAGAACAUGAACACUUAGCAAAUAUAAGAAAAUUAGAAGAGAAAAAAGAAAGGGAAGACAUUCAUGCAUUGACCAAGUUAUAUCAGUUGGAGAUGCAGGAAAAAGAGCAAGUGGAACGUGAAGAGAAGGUUAAACAGAGACAAGCACAUCUGGCGUAUGUUGCUGACCAGAUAACCCUCAAAGCUAUAGAAAAGCAGAAACAAGAGGAAGAGGAUGAGAGAGUUCGAACACAUAUUAGAGCAAAGCAAGCAAUUGAUAAGUUGAAAAAAGCAAAAGAAGAAGAGUUACACAGAUUAACGGAAGAGGAGAGGGAGAGGAUUACAAACCGUCUCUUAGCGCAAAUGAAAAAGAAGUUGGUUGAUGAAGAUGAGCGUAUUGCUAGAGAAAUUGCAGAGACAGAUGAGGAGCAGGUUAAAGAGCUCAAAGCUAAAGAAGAAAAGUUCCAGGCUGAUCUGAAGUCCAUUGCGGAACACAGAAACUCUGUGAUAAAAAUGAAAGAAGAGAAGGAAAAACAGGAGAGGCUGGAAGGUCAAAGAAUACUUCGUGGACUGAUAGAAGCGGACCGGAUCUAUCAAGAACUGGAGAGGGAUAAGAAACAUAGAAAUUUUUGUGCAAACUUAGAAUUGCAAGAAACCCAUGUCAUGCAGAUAGCUGAGAAAAUAGCAAGAGAUGAGAGUGAGAAGCAGCAUGAUGCCGAAUAUGUUAGACAAAAAGAAGUUAUUGCACUGUGCAAGGAGCAGGAGUUCCAGAAAUAUGCGAAGAAAGUAAUUGAUGACCAAUCCAAGACCACUCAGAAACUCUACCCGCUUCUCAAAGUACUCCAUGAAGGCAUUCCCAAUGUCAGUAGUCCAGCUUAUGGUGAAAGUCAUCAGGGCUGCGAGAAGCACACUAGUAAGCCACCAUACGUAGGCGAGAUGAAGCUGUGUACCGAACAAGGAUAUGGCACGAAAGCACGAUUAGGAUUUACAUGGUAAAAGGCAUUCAGAAGGGUAAAAUAGAAGCGUAACACGUUUUUCACUCUCCAAAUUGUGAAAAAUCUAGUAAAAAAGAAAGAAAUUUAUAAUAACGCUAUCUUGGUAUGGCUAUCUUCGCAGAAAUC